CGCGGUAGUUUAAUCUUCUGCCAAAAUGGUAAUCAGAUAAACCCCUAGCCCUUAUAAAAAAAUUCUCGCUCUUCUUCGUAUCUUGACAUGUUGCCCAGAUUAGUAAGAACGAUUACAAGAUCGUCUUCAACUGCUUCUCCUAGACCUUUACUACAAGCCACUGUCAACUAUGUAAAGACCAAGGCUCCUUUAGUACCAGCACUUUCUACACGCGCCUUCUCGGUCCAAUGUGCCAAAUAUCAAUCUGUCGAGACAAAAAAGAAUGUCACCAUAAAAUCACUGGACGAAUAUAAAAACACAGGCAACCUCAAGGGCGCUAUUCGAGCUGUUCAACAUGCACAAGAAGCAGGAUUAGCUACACCUGCUUUAUAUAUCCAACUCGUAGACAUAUUGAGAGAUGUGCCAUUUGAUGUCCAUGCAUGUGCUACAGUAGCUCAUUGGUUUUACUCGCCUGAGUCUAAUUUACCUGCUGAAGUAUUACAUGAUAUCAAUGUUUGGAAGAGUGUCUUGAAACUCGGAUUUGGAUUUGGAUCUACUUAUCGUGCUGAAGAUUUGCGUGCCCUUGUAGAUCGAUUUACUGAGACAUUUGAUCUCACAGAACUAGAUGACCCUACUGCUUGGGAGUUAUUGAUGAGAGCUUAUGGUAUCUUGAACAAGAAAGAGGAUAUUGUAGCUUGUAUGGCCAACAAAAAAGAGAAUACAAGCCCUACAUUUUAUGCCAGUGCUUUAUUGUCUUUUGCAGCUACACAUGCUCAUGAACAAGUCGAAGCCUUGGUAAACAAACUCAAGGAACAGAAUCAAUUGAGUCGCCAUACACUUUUAAAAUUAAUUCGUUGCUAUGGUUUCAAUGGUGAUGUCGAUCAUGUUGUCAAGUAUAUGAAUGUGUGUAACCAACUCUAUUCUGAUGCACCUUGCGACAAAACCAUGUUGUUGAUUGCUCAUAAAGUGGCUCUUGAUAAGAUCUGCAAGCGACUUGAGCAGACAUUGGGUGUGCGUGGGCUCCCCUUAAAGCCUGCUUAUUUACCUGAAUUGGAUCAAUUGCAUGAUUCUUGGAACACACUGACAAAGGACAUGUUGAAUCAAGCCAUGGAUGUGACAGAUUGUAAUGUUGUACUUGAAUACUUGACUAUUGCCAAUCGCAUUGAUCCUGUUGGAUAUCCUAUUGAAAGUGCAGAAGCUAUCUUUGAAUCUUAUAUGCCCUCACAUUGUAUUCAACCCAAUGAUGCUACGCACCGUAUUAUGUUGGUUGGCUAUGCGACAACACAGCAAUACAAUGAUCCUCAUCUUAAUAUACGCUUAAACAAGGCAUUAGCAAUGGUCUCCAAGAUGCAGGUAGCUGGUAUUGAUACACUGAAUCACCCUACAUUCCAUGCUCUUUUCCGUGCCUGUCUUCCUCAUCAUUAUGGACGCUAUUACUUUGAUAACUUUAGACUCAAUUCACUUUUACCUUCUCGUCCAUACACACACAACCGAUUUAGGCUAGAUCCUCGUCUGUUUGAAAUCGAGAAAAUCAUGCUGGAAGCCAAGUUACCUCAUGACAGAUUCACUUUCUCAACAUUGAUGACAUGUUUGGCCACAGGUGGUAAAUACAAAGCAAUGCGUAGUCGAUGGAGAGCACUUAAAUUACACGGUAUUCGUCGUGAUGUGGGGCUCUAUCGCCUGGUCUUUGCUCUCUCUUCAUUACAUCCUACACAGGCCAAACGAGCUAUUGUUGUGACCAGGAAUGAAAUGAUGCGUGAAAUCCCAGAGAACCAUGUGGAUUGGGAUACUUAUGUAGCCAUGUUGGAUUGCUGUAUCACGGCUCAAUUACCUACAGAAGCAAAAGAGAUUAUUCAUGACAUGCGUCGUGCUACUGACCUCGUUCACCGUACAAAGAAACAUGCUGAUGAUCUUGCUAAAUGGCCAUUUGUGGAUGCACCUAACUAUUAUCUCCCCAUGCUUCGUGCUGCUGUCUUGUUGCCUGGAUUGGAUGCAGAUGCCAUUCAACGGGAAAUAGAUAGCAAACAAGUACUUUAUAGCAAAGGUAUCUGGGAAGCUUUGUUGUCUAAGGCAGCACUAGCAUCAGAUAAACAAGCCAUUCAAGCCUUGUUCCAUAAAUACACCAUGUCUCGUUUUGAAAAAGAAGGCAAGAUUCCCAUUCCUGUUCGAGAAGCUGCCAAACCAGUCAUUCCAUUCCCUACAGCACCUUAUACAGCACUGGAUAUGAAAUUUGUGGACGUCUAUCUCAGUACAUUGCUUGAUUCACAAGAUAUUUCACUUGUGUUUGAUGUGUUGCGUACACUUACAGACCAAACAGACCAAAUUGGUAUUUCCCUGUCUACAUUGCAAGGCAUUGUUCAUUUAGCCAAACAAGAGAAAUCUACACAAGAUAUAGCAUGGUUCAAAGACCAUGUUUUACCAAAAGUGUCACGUCAAAACAAGUCUUUCAGAGCAUUUGUCAAGUCUAUAGAAACUGUAUCAUAAAAAAAAAUAAACUUUAAGCCCAAUUUUGGUGGAGAAUAAAUCUUGUC